AUGGCCUCCCCUCUCCUCACCCCUGAGGUCGCGCACGCUGCCACGCCCACUGCCCUCGGUGCGCUCGAGCACGCCUCCCGGGUCCCCCGCCCCUCCGACGACUACAUCACCCAUCAUCCCCCCAAUCCCACAUGGAUGACCUCCCCUCCCACACCGCCGCCCAAAACUCCCAAACUCUCUUCUUCAACCCCACGUGCCUCCGGGUCCGGGCCCUCGUCCGCGCGCGCACAACGGCACCGCAGCAGAGCGCGGGCUGCUAGCACGAGCCCGAGCCGCCCAGGAAUUCGUGCGUCCUCGCUCUCGCGCCCCACCUCAUCCUCUACUCCGUCGUCGUCGCACAUUCCCCCAACAUCCCCCGUCAUUGUGAGGAGAGCGACGAGUGGUGCGACACGCGACAAAUUGCGCCGGCUCUCGCUUCCGGGAGACUUGUCGAAGCCGCUGCCGCCGCGUCCCGGCUUGCGCGGCGCGGCCGCGGACGCCCAGAAGGCCUUACCUCCGGUCCCCGGCCGACGCAAUAGCGCCGAGGGCGACGCCCUCGCGGGCGAGGCGCUUCUCCCGAGUUUAUCGCGGUGCGCGCCGGGACCACACGAGCGUGAAGAGGAUAAAGGGCGGACAGGAGGUGAAACGGCGCCGCACAUGCAGUCUGGCAGGAAGCUGUUCAACCUCGCGGACGAAGCUGAUCUCUCGGACGACGAAGCGAGCCCGCGCGCGUAUAAGGAGCAGGGCUCAACGCACCAAGAAGACCAGGAGCCGGGGCGCGACAUGGGCCAGCCCACGUUUGGCGAACAGAAGAAGCAGAGAAUGGAGACCAUUCGAAGGUACCACGCCCUGGCCGAGCUUCUCGCCACUGAGGUUGGGUACCUUCUCGAUCUUCGCGCGCUCGUCUCGGUCUACCUAGACCAGCUCCUCCUCCUCUGCUCGCCGCCGGUCUCUCCCGCCUCCGUCGGUCUCUCGUCAGGCUCCCCCGCGUCGCUGACCUCUCCAACACCAGUUCCCCUUCUUCCCGGUCGCCAUCCUUCUCGCGGAUACACCUCGUUUUCAACACUCUCCAUACCCUCAAUACUCCCGGGAGCUCGGCCGUCUGUUCAUGCUUCUCACCCGCCCGUGCCCUCGCACAGCCCCAGCACUCCCUGGACCUCAGCACAGACCGGUGAUCGAUCACCGGAGCGUGAACGGCAGCCUUCCGGAGCUUCCACAGCGUCCGAUGCAACAAGCUACCGGGAAUCCGACAAAGACGCCUGGGAUCGUAUCAUUCCGUCAAAGAACUCGCAUGCUUCUCCUGCGCCAGUCCUUAUCGAGCGAGAAGUACGCACGGUCUGUAGGAACGCGCAUGAGCUCCUCGACUUCCACGAGCGGUUCGUCGACGAACUACGUGAAGCGGUCGCCGCGGUCGGACUCCGAGAACUCCUGACACCCAACGGUGACGAAUGGACGAACAAGCUGCCGAGUGACGACCCGGAUGUGGAGGAGAUGGAGAGGGCCGUAGAGGUCGUGGCAGCGAAGUUCGUACACGAGGCUGCGUCGUUUAACGUCUAUGAACGCUUCUGCCCCGGUCAUCCAGCGGCGACAGAUCUCGUCCGACGGGCGCAGGAACGUUGGCCUGUGGUGUGGGAGGCCUACGAGCAGCGCUGUGCUUUUCUGGUUUCUUCUCCAUCACCCGGGGUUUUCGUUGACGAGGCUGCCGUGGACAUCUCUCCGACUUGCGCAGCACCGGAGGUCGAUGAAGCGCUCUCCCAUUCGCAACGGAGACAACGAAGACACUCCACCCCAGUGCUGUCUUUGGUCACCGGCAGCAGCCCAUCCGCCGAGACCUCCGCGGACCAUUCUUCUUUCCCUACCUUGCGUCAUUCGAAACGGUCCCGGCCGACGUCCUUGGUCUCCGUGGAAGGCGGGCGGGCUGGCACGCAGAAGCUCAAGCUCAUGGACUACCUCAUCAAACCCGUGCAGCGGAUAUGCAAGUAUCCGCUCCUCCUGGACCAGCUGCGGGACAAGAAACGACAGCGACUCGAACACGGGCACGAGGACCACCUCCAUUCCUCCACGCUCGAAGCGCACCUCGACAAGGGCAAGGCCGCCGACGACGCAAUCUGUGGAGCAGGGGAAACGAUGCGAGCCGUGGUGGCGAAAGUCAACCAGGCUAGCGAAAAGGAGGCCCACAACCUCCGAUCCGCGCUCAUAGCGUCAAGGAUCACGUUCCUCCACUCGGGCGGCCAGACUUCUGUCGCCAAUUUCGCUUCGUCGUCGGUAUCCGCGAACGUGCCCACAUCUCCAGCAGCGUCAAUCUCGGAGUGUGCCUCGUCACAAGAGGGCCAUUCUGGAUCGCUCUGCUCGUGCCCUUCUCCGUCCUCGGCGGGCUCGCCUUGUUCAACAUGCGUAUCCACGGUCGCCUCGCCUCGCCCAACCUCCCUCACCCCAGACUUUGUCUCAUCACUCGGCCCGUGCAUGCUUGCAGGUGCUUUGGACGUUGUGCAGUACCCUGCUCAUCGUGCGAAGUAUCUCGGUGUGUUCCUCUAUUCCGGCGGAUAUUGUAUCUUCGCGAAGAUUCUGAAAGGCGGGAGGGUGUACGAGCCUCGACACUGGUUUUCCCUGAGCGCAGUCGAAGUUAUUGAUACGGAGGAUGAUCAUGCUUGCUUCCCAUACUCGUUGCGCAUCAGUGGAUUCGGCCAUCACAUUCAAGUCGCUGCCUCUUGUGCUGCAGAGAAGGCGAUCUGGCUCAGCGCGAUCCGCGAAUCUGUUUCGGCCACCCCCUGCUGGACCCACGAGCCAGUCCCAAGCCUACAGACGGACGACAAGUCCCCGCCCCUACCCUUGGCCGUCAUUCCAUCGACUGAGGUCCUAGAGGAGCCUAUGGCGCUUCCGACGGUCCAGUCCAUGUCGGAACUGGAGAAGCAAAGCGAUUCGAAGGCGGAAGCUUCGAUGCAGACCCUGUCCAAGAAGCAUCCCAAGACCAUCUCUCGGACGGACGGACAUGCCAUCAAGUCGGAACUCUCAUCGUUCUCUGCAGCUUCAAGGCGCUCAUCCACCACGUCCGUCAAGGCAUUCUUCGGGUCUGCCACAGCGUUCGAACUCGUCAAGGUUGCGCGUGCGUCUUCUCAAUACAGGGCACAAGUCGACGCUGGUCUGCACGACAUCUUCUCCGAGGCGUGCAUCGCCGCAAGGGCCCAGGUGCAGAUGCGCGGGGACGACCUCUUCCAGCUCCGUCUCCCUUCCGGCUCUGGUUAUGGAAGGAGACAGGGCAGCGGGAUGUCAAGAUCGAAUUCUGGCCUCAGUCUCGCAAGCGCCAUGGGAUUCACUGCCGCCAAGCGCAUGGUCGUCAAUCGCCGGAACCGCUCCGUCGACCUCGACAUGCCCCCCUUGCCGCCCAUGCCUCCCAUGCCGGUGCUCCCCCCUCCGACCCCUACCGGCGCUCCGGCCGAAAUGAUCAUCUCGAGCGCAGUUCCGACCUCCUCCUCCUCGGCCUCGGGGUUCAUGGAGCGUGCGAAGUCCUCGCUCGCCGCCCGAAGACACAGGAAGCAGCCGGCCUCGAUCGCGCCUGCGAUCAACACCGCCAUUGCGCACAUGCACCUGGGGUAUGGUGGCGCACAUACAGACGGCCCGAUCUUCCAAAGCCCCGAGGAGGUGGAGGUGCCGACGCUGGACCUGGACUCGCCCCCGACGCAGAUGUCGCAGGGCUCUCCGAUGUCGUCGGCGCUACCCAGCCCUGUCGACACCGCGCCGCUUCCCAUCCCUUUGCCUGUACGGGUCCGCGCCGUCACCGCUCCUUCUGCCCACUGCGCGGGGGACAAGAAUGGGAAGGAUGGCAAGCCGACGCGCUCGCGUUCGAUGGUCGACCACGUGCGCUCCUUGUUCCACACACAACCGGCCCGCUCGACGUCCUCGACUGCUUCCUCCGAUGCCGGUCGCGCCUCGCCUUCCCCAGCCCUGGUUGACUCCUCGCCCCCUCUGGACUACUCUAGCAGCAUCGUGCACUGGUUGCGGCGCACCUCGCUCCGCCGACGUACUUCGGGGUCUUCGACGCCCUCGAGCACAGAGGAUGGCGUGCUCCGAGCCGGUCGUAUCUCGCGCUCCUCCAUGGACUUCGACCUCAUGCUCGCCGCCCAUGCCGCCUCCCCCUUCCUCGAGCUCGACGCGUCCCGGCGAAACGGAUUCGACGGCUCCGCCUCCCGGCCACAGCGGCACCGCUCGCUGUUUGUACCCAACGUGCGCACGCGCGAGCGUGAGCGCUCCGGCGGGUUCGACAUGCGCAUCGACGUUCCCCCGCGCGAGUUCGCCCCGGUCCCAGCGUCGCGCUCGACUCCCGGGCCGGUGCCGCCGUCCCCUGCAGGCUCGACGCUGUCCGCACGGAAGUCGCUCAGAAACCUGCUGUUGUUCCAGCGCUCGAACGCGUUCACGCCCGUGGCCGCGCUAACGGGAUAG